AUGUCACUUCCGUUUGUCUCUCUUAUGCGAAACCCUAGAUUUAUCUCUCUUCUCAAAUGGGUAUCACAAGAAACUCAGAUUAAACCCUUCAAAUCCCAAAUUUUAGGAACUGGGUUUCAUCUUCGUUUUACCAUAAAUUCUAGGAGUUUUGCCACCGUUCGUGCCGGCGAGAAACUGAGUGUUAAAACCCAAAUUGAGAAUCGGAAAAUGGCUCAGGUUGCGAUGUUGGAUUACUUCUAUAUCACAAGGGGAUUGCAGUAUCUGGUCGCAGAGAGUAUGAGCAAGAGCGCUACUCUUUUCAAUGAUAAUCUUAUAGAGAAGUUUCUACGGUUUCAUCCCAUAAACGAAUUUGAGCCUUUUUUCGAGAGUUUAGGUUUGAAACCAUCAGAGUAUAGUCAUCUACUUCCCAGUGAUAAGAUGUUUUUGAAUGAAGAUGCUUUUUUGCUUGAGAAUUACAAUACUUUUUGGAUCUAUGGAAUUGGCCUCAAGCAGAUGGGGAGGAUCUUUAGGGGAGCUAGAGAAGUUUUCGGGUAUGAGACCGGGGUUUUAGCUUCCAAGAUUCAUGCUUUUGAGGAUUUGGGAUUGACGAAAUCGUUUGUGUCGAAAAUUAUCGUUUGUAGCCCGAGAAUCUUGAUUGGGAAUAUGAAUGUUGAAGUGGCUAAGGUUUUAGAGAUUUUGAAAUCCAUGGGGAUUGGGGUUGAUUGGGUAGAUGAGAAUUUGUUAGAGGAGGAGGAAUGCUAUGAUUGGAGCUCGAUGCAUAGGGUUCUAAGCUUGCUUAGAGAUCUCUGUUUCAAUGAGAAUGAGCUACGUGGACUAGUCAUGAGAUGCCCAAGACUUGUUUUUGAGGAUUCAGGGGAAUGGACAUUGCUUCUAGCUGGGUUUCAAACGAAGCUUGGGUCGUCUAGAAGUGAACUCUGGUCGUUUUUCUAUAAGUUCCCGGAAAUUCAGGUCAAGAGAUGUGUUUUGAAUAUAAGGCAUUGCUUCUUGUUCCUGAACCAGAUAAAGAUGGAGUGUGAUGAGAUCGGUAAGAUUUUUCGUGUUCACUCCUCUUGGCUUGGUGCAUGUCCUUUGAAGAAAACCAAAACCUUACUUAGUAGAUUGAAUGUUGGGACUAGUCGGCUUUGUCAAAUCAUCCAAGAAAACCCAGAGGAGAUGAAAAAAUGGACUAUGGGUUUAAGGGUCAAGCCACUACCUAGUAACGGGGAAGAGGAAACGUCAAGAUUAAUGAAGAUACAGUUCUUGUUGAACCUCGGAUAUGAGGAGAAUUCAAAGGAGAUGGAGAGAGCUGUCAAGAAAUUCCGUGGCAGAGGAUCAGAACUCCAACAAAGAUUUGAUUUCCUUGUGAGUUUGGGUCUAAACGAGAAGGAUGUCAGAUAUAUGGUGAACGCGUUCCCUCAGAUCCUAUGUCAAGCAUCUGAUCUCUUAGAAGCAAAGGUUAACUACAUUGUCAAGGAACUAGGUUAUCCGCUUUCGACCUUUGUGGCGUUCCCUUCGUGUCUAGUGUUUACUCUCCAGCGGAUGAAGCUCAGAUUAGGGAUGAUUCCGUGUCUGAAAGGCAAAGUAAAGGCAAUUAGCAGUUUACUUGUGUGCUCAGACCAACAUUUUGUGACUCACUAUGUAAACCGCCAUCCCGAUGGGCCUAAACAUUGGGAGGAUUUGAAGAAACAAAUUCUUUACAAGUAG